AUGUCCCUCGGUACCCUAUAUUACAGACUUCCAAGUAGAUCUGUGUUGCCUAUUGCUAUAAUCAAAUCUUUAGGCUUGGACGUGAAGAUUGUUGAAGCCGACUCUGAUGAGACUUUUGCUAAGAGCUUUCCAUUAAAGAAAGUUCCAGCCUUUAUUGGUUCAAAGGGUCAAAAAUUGCACGAAGUGAUUGCUAUUACUCGUUACUUGAUCAAUUUAGCCGGUGAUGAAAAGGCCAAGAAGGAUUUGCUAGGUGCAGACAUCCAUGAGGAGGCCCAGGUCAUGAAAUGGGAGUCUUUUGCUAACUCUGACUUCUGCGACGCUAUAGUCAGACGUAUGAAGUUCGAGACUGGUGCUAUACCAUACAAUAAGAAAUCAUCCGAGGAAGCUGCCGCUCUGAUUGACACAAUUACCUCUAUCUACGAGGAAAGGUUAAAGAACUACACCUAUGUGGCCACCGAGAAAGUCACCACUGCUGAUAUCUUAUCAGCAAUGAUGUUCUUCUUGGGUUUCGUAACUACUUUGGGUUCACAGUGGAGAUCUGAACACCCGAUUAUUAUGAGGUGGUUUAACUCGGUUGUUGACUCUAAAUACUUGAAGGGCAGUAUGGACCACUCCAGAAUGGUUGACGAGCCAUUGAAGUAUUCUCCUCCAAAGAAGGAGAAGAAGGAAAAGAAGGAGCAACCCAAGAAGGAGCAGGAAAAGACUGUCGAAGAUGACAUUCCAGCCGAGCCAAAGAAGCCAAAACAUCCAUUGAGUCUGUUGAGUGCACCAACUCUGAACUUGGACGACUGGAAGAGAAAGUAUUCCAACGAGGACACUAGACCUGUUGCAUUGCCUUGGUUCUGGGAACAAUACAACCCCGAGGACUACUCCCUCUGGAAGGUUUCUUAUAAGUACAAUGAAGAAUUGACAAUGACCUUCAUGUCCAACAACUUGAUCGGUGGUUUCUUCAAUAGAUUGUCCGCCUCCACUAAAUAUAUGUUCGGUUGUCUAGUCGUUUACGGUGAAAACAACAACAACGGUAUCAUCGGUGCGAUGAUGGUUCGUGGUCAGGAUUAUGUUCCAGCUUUUGACGUUGCUCCGGACUGGGAAUCUUAUGAAUACACCAAGUUAGACCCCUCCAACCCUGAAGAUAAGGAAUUCAUUAACAACAUGUGGGCGUGGGACAAGCCUGUCGUUGUCAACGGUGAACCAAGAGAGAUUGCUGAUGGUAAGGUUUUCAAAUAA